AUUACAAUCAGUCUCAAAAAAGUCUGCAAGGUUUGCAAGAGAACUGGCCAUGAAGCGGGCUUCAAGGGGGCGACCUACAUUGACUGCCCGAUGAAGCCAUGUUUUCUCUGCAAAAUGCCCGGGCAUACCACAAUGUGUUGUCCACAUCGAGUGUCAAUGGAAUUUGGCGUCGUUCCAGCGCCACGUAGAAACAGGGAAAAUCCUUUGGAAUAUUUUUUCCAACGUCAGAUUCAACCCCGCACCCAUCCUAUCAAGCCGGCAUUCAUGAUCCCAGAUCAAGUCCGUUGUGCUGUUAUUCGAUAUCAUAGUAGACGAGUUACAUGCUUGGAGUUUCACCCUACUAAUAACAACAUUCUUUUAUCCGGUGAUAAGAAAGGGCAACUUGGAGUUUGGGAUUUCGCAAAAGUACAUGAGAAGAUUGUAUAUGGAAACAUACAUGGUUGUAUACUUAACAACAUGAAGUUCAGUCCAGCAAAUGAUGCAUCCAUAUAUGCUGCAUCUUCAGAUGGAACAGUUAGUCACACUGAUAUAGAGACUGGAAUUUCUUUGUCGUUGAUGAACCUUAAUCCUGAUGGGUGGCAGGGAGUAAGCACUUGGAGGAUGCUUUAUGGGUUGGAAGUAAAUCCAGAAAGAAAUGUUGUACUCAUUUCUGAUAAUUUUGGAUAUCUCUAUAUGGUCGACGUUAGGAGCAAUAAUGUAACUGGUGAGCCACUCUUGAUUCACAAGAAGGGAAGUAAAGUCGUUGGUCUUAACUGCAAUCCUUUCCAGCCAGAUCUACUGUUGAGUUGUGGAAAUGAUCACUUUGCACGUAUAUGGGACAUGCGUCAGUUGAAAUCUGGUUCUUCUCUUUGCAAUCUACCACACAAACGUGUUGUCAACUCGGCAUACUUUUCUCCACAAAGUGGUAGCAAGAUUCUUACAACUUCACAGGACAACCGACUUCAUGUUUGGGAUUCAAUAUAUGGUAAUCUAGAUACUCCAAGCAGGGAAAUCGUUCACAGUCAUGACUUCAAUCGACAUCUUACUGCUUUCCGAGCAGAGUGGGACCCAAAAGAUCCUUCAGAGUCCUUAAUUGUCAUUGGCCGUUACAUAAGUGAGAAUUUCAAUGGCACUGCCUUGCACCCCAUUGAUUUUAUAGACAUCACCACAGGCCAGUUGGUUGCCGAAGUGAUGGAUCCAAACAUAACAACAAUCAGUCCUGUGAAUAAGUUGCAUCCACGCGAUGAUGUUAUGGCAUCCGGUAGUUCAAGGUCACUUUUCAUUUGGAGCCCAGCAGGGGAUUCCGAGGAAAAAGAUGAAGAGAAGAUCAUAGAUUGUUGGUCGGAGGAGAAAAGGACUUCGGCUAUGGGGCGUGCUGAUAAAAUGGGGAAGACAUUUCGUGGUGCCGACAGCGACGAGGAAGAAACUAAUGGCAGUGGUAAGAGGAACAUCAAGAAGAAGAAGAACCCUUCUUUGAAAUCAAAGUCUUUUAGUACUUAUAGGAAGAAGUGAUAAUUAAUCUUUAAUGUAGCUCUUUUGUAUAGUGUAAUGGCCUUUUAACCCCAAUAUUUUUGUCUAGAACUGGGUUUGGGGAGGGGGUGAAAUAUUGUCCUCUGUGGCCUAUUUAUUUACUAAAUGGCUGGCUAUUAAGGGAUCUUGUUUCUACAAUGAGAAUAUUCAUAUUUUACUUUGUACUACUUAACAUUGCUAAAGAAUACGAAAUUAUGUGCUUAACUUGGAAUCUUAUUAAAAACAUAAAUGUGGUUGAAAUUA